AUGGCCAAGGACAAGGACAGGGAUAUGAACCCUGCCGCAGCGCAGCGAAAGCAGGACAAGCAGAAAGCCCUAAAGAAGGGGAAAGCCGAGGCAUUGGCCCGUCGAAAUGAAAAAUUAGGGCAACAGAACCCAGAGCGACUUAAGCGACAAAUCAACGACUACAAGUCACUAGAGGAAUCAGGGAAGAAAUUACAGGGCAGAGAUAAGGAGCUCAAAGAAGCACUCGAGCGGGAACUAAAGGCUGUUCUGAAAGCACGUGAACUUCUGGGCGACAAGGCGCCCACUUUCCCCAAAUGGAGAGAUUAUUCUGGCCCUAAAAGAGAGGAUAGACCCAGACGAGAGGGAGGAGACGUGCUUGGGAAGCGGAGACGGGAUGACUCAGAAAGUGAGACGAGUGAGCUAGAAGACGGUGUAAAGUUCCUCACUGAAGAGGAGGCCUUACUCAUACCCAUGCCGCAGGAUUCUCCACCACCAGAUACGCCCGAAUACAUACAGCGAUUGAAGAGAUCGAAGGAGGAUAGAAAACCCGCCGCUGGGCGUCAUCAACCCCCACCCAAACCAGUGAUCGAGUCUAAGCUUGUCUACGAAGCCAAGCCUCAGCUUCGGGAUUUGCGACAGGAGGCUAUUGACGCAUUUAUGCCCUCAUCAGUCAGGGCAAAUCUGGACGCAAUGAAGGGCCGAGGAGAUUUGUUGUUGGAGCCUGAGGAGGUAGACAAACUUGAGAAGGCCGGUUAUGGAGCUGAUGCAGCCGAGAAAAAGACAGGCCCACAAACGGAUCAAUCGCCGGUAACAGCAGACCGGACAUUGGGUGAUGAAGAAAGGUCAUUGGCAGAGCUAGAACGGCAGUUUAACGAAGAACUAAAACAGGUUCAGAUUGAGGAGGUUACAGACGAGGAUGCCUAA